AUGCGCCGAGCGCUGAUUGCUGGCAGCGAUGAGAGUGAUGAGGGAGUCGAGAAUGGAACGGUCAAUUCUACGGGUAACAGCUACAGUACCAUGCCGAGGACUCCUCUAUUCUGCUGCCUCCUCGGCGCCCUAUAUUUUUGCCUGGCCAUCGGCACAGCCAUCGGCUCGACAGCGUUCCCGGAAACGGUCUCGAUUGGGGUCUGUGCCAAGGGAUCGAAGGGCUGUAAGCCGACCGAUAGCUCGUUGAGAUUUCUGCUGAUUGGGGAUACUGGAGGUCUUCCCAUCUAUCCCUACACCACCAUCGCCCAGGGCACCGUCCGCGACACCAUGAUCAAGGUGGUCGAGGAGAAGAAGGUGCAACUCGUCCUCAACGCCGGCGACAACGUCUACUUCACCGGCGUCGUCAACGAGUUCGACGCGCGGUUUGAGACGUCCUUCGAAGACGUUUACAGCCAUCCGACAUUCGACGGGAUCCCCUUCUUCACCAUUGCCGGAAAUCACGACCAUUUCGGGAACGUGUCGGCCCAGAUCGCCUACACGAAAUAUAGCAGGAAAUGGAUGUUCCCCGACUACUGGUACAAGUUCAACUACACGCUGAACGACGGGACGACGAUCGAUUUUGUGAUGAUCGACACAAUUAUUCUCUGCGGAAACACCGCCGACGUGGAGUACGGGUCGGUGUGGGACCUUCUGUGGAAGGGGAACAAAGUGCCAGACGGCCCAAAGAACGCGUCGGUGGCGGAGAAGCAGUGGGAGUGGAUUGCGCAAACGCUCAAUCAGAGCCGUGCCGACUACCUUUUCGUUGGUGGCCAUUAUCCGGUCUAUUCGAUGUCCAGCCACGGGCCCACACAGUGUCUGGUGGAGCGGUUGAAGCCGCUGCUCGAACGCUUUCACGUCAGCGCCACAUUCAAACCGACCUCCCCCGACGGCGCCUCGAUCAACUACAUCAUCUCCGGGGCCGCCUCGAGAACCGAUCGCUCCAAUAAACACAAAGACUACAUACCUGCCGGGUCCCUCAAGUUCAACUAUCCGACCGGCUGGAAUCCGAUUUCGCAGCUGGGGUUCAGCAGGGGCGCCUUCAUCUACACCGAGAUCAAUGCCCAACGGGCGCACUUCGAGUUCAAGAAGGGCGACGGCGAGACGAAAUACGUGCACGAUAUCCCGCCGCGCAGCGCCAAGACGAAGACCGUUACCGUACCGCGGCAGGAGGUGCCGUCGAAAAUGAUCGAAUUG